GUGGGGGCAUGGGAUGACGCUGGGAAAAGGGACCUCUUCCUUAACAAGCCCAGACAAACCUACCCCGACCUUCAGUGGAAACAUGACACAUCAUUACACUUCGACUGGGUUUCAAGAAGGAAACGUGUCGCAGGAGACAGGGGGUUGAUAUGGAGGGUGGAGUUUACGGAGCAAAUCUAAACAGGCACGAGGCGGGUCAUCAGACUGAGCCAGCCAAUGGAGGAUUUCACACAUAUUCGUAGAACUGAAGUUACAUGCACUACCACACUCAGUUCUUGAUCUUGUGUUCAUAUUCAGAUUGUAUUGUGUGCCUGGCCAGGAUGCAGCUCUCCGCGCCAACCUGCCUCACGCUGCUGUACACAGUUUGUCUUGCUGCAGCAAGUGGUUACUCGGGGCCCAGCCGCGUGAGAAGGAAGAGGGCAUGGAUCAUGCGCCCAAAGGUCUUGAAGGAGAACACAGACUACAGCCAUCAGGAAUUCGUUGUGAAGAUUCGAUCUGAUCUAGAAGAGAUAGCGGGAAUUGUGUACUCACUGCAGGGCAUCGGUGCAAACGACGUGUUUCAUGUCAAUUCCCAAAAUGGAUACAUCAAGCUGAGCAAAACACUUGACAGGGAGCACGUCGAUUCAUACCAUCUCGUUGGCGUAGCCUCCUUCAGAGAUGGAACUGUGGCUGAGAAAGUUGACAUUCUGAUCAAAGUGCUGGAUGAAAACGACAACAGUCCUGUGUUCGCCAUAAGCAAACCUGUGUCCAUAGAUGAACUCAGCUCUACAGGCACAUUUGUUGCGAAAGCAAACGCGACGGAUGCAGACGAGCCAGGAAAUCCCAACUCACAGAUCAAAUACAGCAUCCUGAGUGAAGAUCCUCCUGAAGGCAUGUUCUACAUCACUGGUGACGGACACAUUCAUGUCAACAAGCCUUUGCUGGACAGAGAGAGACAGGAUCGAUACAUUCUGAAGAUCACAGGACAGGAUUUAAGUGGUUCACCGGGUGGGAACACCGCGACAGGCACCGUCACCAUUAAUGUCCUUGAUGUCAACGACAACCCGCCUACUUUUGAAAAGGCCACAUAUGAGAUAAACAUCGAGGAGAACUCACAGGGAAUAGAGGUGUUAAGGAUCAAAACAGAGGACCUGGACCAGAGGAACACUGUCAACUGGGAAGCAGUGUAUGAUAUAGUCAAGGGCAACGAGGCAGAACACUUCAGCAUCCACACAGACCUCAAAACCAACGAGGGAGUCCUGAUACUUGACAAGCCGGCGGAUUUUGAGAAUGUCAAGGAACUGAAGCUUGUUUUGGCAGUCAGGAACAGGGCUCCUAUCUUUCAUGGACCAGACCCCAGAACUCGAACCGACACUUGUUCAGUCAUAGUCCAUGUGAUAAACCAAGUCGAAGGACCAUAUUUCGACCCAGAAGUCAAAGUUAUACCCAUCGGAGAAGGAGGAUCUGACAUCAACAUCAAAGAUGUCAUCGCCCGAUAUGCAGCCACCAAUGAAGAAACAAAAAGACCUGCAGAGAAUGUCCGAUAUUUGAAAGGAUCUGACCCGGAUAACUGGUUGAUCAUCGAUCCAGCGACAGCUGAAAUCAAAUUGAACAAAUUGCCCGACAGAGAAUCGCCGUUCUUGAUCAAUGGAACCUACUAUGCCAAGGUCCUGUGCGUCUCCAACGACAUGCCACCUAAAACAGCCACUGGCACACUGGCCAUUCAAGUGGAAGACUCCAAUGAUAACUGUCCCACCCUAACCACCAAGGCCCACAUGAUGUGCAUAAACAAAGGAGCUGUUUUUGUCCAAGCUCAUGAUGAAGAUCUGUACCCAAAUGGGCCUCCUUUCCAGUUCACCAUCGUCCCAGAGGGCACUCAGGGGAAAUGGGAGACAGAACAUUUGAAUGACACAACGGUUAUCCUAAGAGCCUUGGAGUCCACCUGGCCUGGUUCAUACAAAGUGCAGUUUCUAAUCCAGGAUGAGCAGGGACACGCAUGUCCUGAUCCACAGAUCCUCAAAGUGUCAGUGUGUACAUGUGAAGAUGGAGUGACGUGCGGGAAAAAAGGAGGCGACGGUCAGCCCAGUAAAGACGUUAGUGUUGGAACUGCAUGCAUUGGACUGGUUAUCCUGGGACUGCUGCUCCUACUGCUCCUCCCAUUGAUCCUGAUAGUCUGUAAAUGCGGUCAUGAGAUGAAUAAUGACAUUCCUUGUGAAGGCGAAUCAUACGCUUUCAAGUACAACUCUGAAGGCCCAGGAGAAAACACAGCAUGGCCAUUGAUCAUCAAGCAGACAAAGGCCGACGUCAACAGCACAGUGUUCGGCACAGCUCAGUCCACAGGACAAGCAUUAAACAACAGCAGUUAUCAGUACUUAGGUGAGGAAGUGUGGGUGACGGAUAAAGUCGGCAAACAGUAUUCCAUUUACAAUAACGCAAUGGACCAUCAACACAUGAGAGGAAGUGUUUUUGAGCGCCUGGCCGUGUCACGUCAUUUUCUUGGAGAAUAUUUCACACAGAAAGUCAACAGUGGAAAUGACUAUGCAGCAGAUAUGGACAGCACUCUCGAAUAUCAUUUUGAGGGUCAGGGUUCUCCCGCUGGUUCAGUGGGCUGUUGCAGUCUUUUGAUGCCGGACAAUGAACUGCACUUCCUCGAUGACCUCAAUGAGCCGGAGUUCAAGAAACUUGCUGAAGUGUGUAGUGGUUUUACUGCACCUACUAAAGUCAAAAUGCAAACCAGUCCUGAUCUGAGGCUACACUCCAGCUCUCACAUGGUAGGGUCAACUCUCUCAGAUGCUGAGCACACGUUCACAACAGAGGAUGGUGUGGUCAAACACAAAUCUGAGUGCUCUCAGGCAGUGAAGGAGAACUUGGCUGUAAUGACGGAAGGUAUAAGUACAGCACAAACAGUCACAGAGCGAGGCCAAGUGUUGCUUCUGCAGCAGCCCAUCUACUACGCCUCCAACCCUGUGAUGCAACCAGUGCACUACGUGGUUCAGCCCCAAGUCCAGGCAACCAUGGUCCUCACAGAGGCACCUGCUACUCAUCUUCAAAGCAUGGUUUUGGCGUCUGAGGCGGCAUUAAGGUCAACAGCCAACGCCGCUGCAAUGGUUUUGCUUGAGGGAAGUCAGCAACAAGAAAACUGUUUUAAUUUGAUCCAACCUGAAGUCGCCCAAACCAUGAUGGUUACUGAGAGCAAGGCCGCAGGGAGGCCGCUGAAAGUUAAGAACAACCAGUCAAAGUUUGUAUCUGGAGGCCGUUCAGAGGCCUCUGGGUUUCAGAGAGUGCAGAUGGUUGAAGGGUGUCCAAGCACAGGAGGAAACCGAACAAAGAGGGUUGAGAGUCUGUCCCCCAAGCGGCAAGUCUCUGCGUCCCAGAGACGCCAUCAACAGCAGCGGUAGAGCAUCCAGUGCUCCAGCCACAACAGCAGAAAACCCACGGAAGUAGCGAUGAAAGAAUCCAAAUGAGUGAAAAUUCUUGAGACCAGGGGCGUCCAAAUCAUUUCGGGGUGCAGGUUUUUGUUCCAACCGAGCAAGCCCACACAGUUCAACCAAAGAGGUGUCAGCUGAAACAAGCAACAUCAGAUGUGAUUACACUCCAAAGACACCUGCACCUUUGUGGAACAGUUCAGACAGGCCUGCUCUCGGCUAUCAACAUGUAUUUUUGGCAGACUGACUUUGUGGCGAGGAUCUGAAAGAUGAACUAGCAGAAUGUAUUUGCAAGUAGUUGCAAGACUUCCUUAAGUCUUACCUCCAUCAGUCCACUAAGGCAGACAUGAAAAAGACUGGUUUUAAAGCUGCCUAUUUGUCAGUCAGCUAAAGUUCACUUGAAUGUAUUACAAUGUGAUUUAUUGAAAAUGAAAUGCCGAUUCAUUUAAUCUGUGAAACAUUUUAAACAAAGUCGAUUAAAGCCUCUCUUUCUGA